CCUAAGUAAAGCUGACGACCGCUGUCAUCUGAUGGCCUAGCUUCAUAGUACAUAAGAAAGUUUGCGCAGCGGAAGUGUGGCAAGGGUUCAUUCUCUGUCCACCUUCGUUAUGCAGCCAAUUGAAGUCCCGGUCCAGUCGAAUCAGAUCGUCGGCUCCCUCGAGAUUGGUGUGUUCUUCAAUCUUAUUCUUAUGGGCGCCGCUUUAGUCCAAGGAACUACCUACUUCCGUCGGUGUGGAAGAGACCUCUGGGUAUUCAAGCUUCUCGUUACUCUCUGUUUUGACUCUGGAAGUCGCGCACUCGCUAUGCUCCGUUUCUAUCGAUAUACUACUUUACUCGUCAUCAUUGCAGACGUCGCAGACCCCCGCAAGCCGCGAAGUUCUUAUUUCUUGGCUUCCGUGGCCAUCGUAGAACCACUGUCGACGGCCUCUAGUCCAGGGUUUGUUUUGUUUCCGCGUCUACCGUCUCUCAGGCAGCAAAUACAACUAGCGGUUGUAAUGAGCUUGCUCGUUGCCUUUCGCCUGAGUGUAGGGAUAUUCUUAGGGUAUCGCGCAGUGCGUGAUGUGCCUAUGGAACCUGCGUUUAUGGUAUUCCAGCGGCGGUGGGACUGGCUCCUCACCUCUGGCUUCGCCGUAGGCGCCCUGGCGGAUCUGAUGAUCGCCUGUACGCUGUGCUAUCAUGUCAACCAGCUGGCUUCGCCGCUGGUCAUGGAAACAUCGGGAGGAGUAUUGAAUGGGAUAUUCUUGCGGUCACUGCAGACGGGGUUGAUUACUAGCCUUGCGUCAGUUACGGUUCUGAUCUGCUUUCAGACGAUGCAGGAUACUUUCGCCUGGAUUGGGGUAUAUAUCGUCUUGGGUAAACUGUACUCCAACGCACUGCUUUCGUCUUUAAAUGCGCGCCAUUCCUAUCGCCGGAUGAUGAAUAUGACACACCUCGAUGAUGACUCUGAUACCAGUGUAAAUUCCAAGGAAACGACACGACGGGGGAAAUGGAGAUCGAGAAGGUUUACACACCCAGGAGUCAUUGAAUUGUAGAGUAUAACUAUCCACUUUCUCUGAUCUCUGUUUAAUUACUAUUAUACCCCGGAAAGACCUACCUGUAGCUACUUGGGAAAAUUGUAUUGUGCGGCAUGGUGGACCCAUAUACCACAACAAAUACCAACAUGAUCAACUGCCACAGAAAAAUUGUUACUAA